UGCGGCGAGCGCAGCGGUAACAAGUGGGCGACGAUGCCAUACGAGAUCAAGAAAGUGUUCGCCAGCCUCCCCCAGGUGGAGAGGGGCGUCUCCAAAAUCCUGGGCGGCGACCCGAAGGGCAGCAAUUUCCUCUACACCAAUGGCAAGUGCGUCAUCCUGAGGAACAUCGACAACCCCGCCAUCGCUGACAUCUACACGGAGCACGCCCAUCAGGUGGUGGUGGCCAAGUAUGCGCCCAGCGGAUUCUACGUCGCCUCUGGAGACGUGUCUGGGAAGCUGAGAAUCUGGGACACCACACAGAAGGAGCACCUUCUGAAGUAUGAGUACCAGCCUUUCGCUGGGAAGAUCAAGGACAUCGCGUGGACCGAGGACAGCAAGAGGAUCGCCGUGGUCGGGGAGGGCCGGGAGAAGUUUGGUGCCGUCUUCCUGUGGGACAGUGGCUCUUCCGUGGGUGAGAUCACAGGACACAACAAAGUCAUCAACAGCGUGGACAUCAAACAGACCAGGCCAUACCGACUGGCCACAGGCAGCGACGAUAACUGUGCUGCCUUCUUCGAGGGGCCACCAUUCAAGUUCAAGUUUACCAUUGGGGACCACAGCCGUUUCGUGAACUGUGUGAGGUUCUCUCCCGACGGGAACAGGUUUGCCACGGCCAGCGCUGAUGGCCAGAUCUACAUCUACGACGGGAAGACGGGAGAGAAGGUGUGCGCGCUGGGCGAGGGCAAGGCUCACGAUGGCGGCAUCUACGCUAUUAGCUGGAGUCCAGACAGCACCCAGUUGCUCUCUGCCUCUGGAGACAAGACGUCCAAAAUUUGGGACGUCAACGUGAACUCAGUGGUCAGCACGUUCCCCAUGGGCUCCAACGUCCUGGACCAGCAGCUCGGCUGCUUAUGGCAGAAGGACCACCUGCUUAGCAUCUCGCUCUCGGGCUACAUCAACUACCUGGACAAGAACAACCCCAGCAAACCCCUGCGGGUCAUCAAGGGUCACAGCAAGUCGAUCCAGUGUCUUACGGUGCACAGGAACGGCGGCAAGUCUUACAUCUACUCUGGGAGCCACGACGGGCACAUCAAUUACUGGGACUCAGAGACCGGAGAGAACGACUCCUUCGCUGGGAAAGGCCACACGAACCAAGUGUCCAGGAUGACCGUGGACGAGGCCGGCCAGCUCGUCAGCUGCAGCAUGGACGACACAGUGCGGUACACCAGCCUCACGCUGCGGGACUACAGUGGACAAGGCGUGGUGAAGUUGGACGUUCAGCCAAAGUGCGUGGCCGUUGGCCCCGGGGGGUACACGGUGGUCGUGUGCAUUGGGCAGAUUGUGCUGCUCAAGGACCAGAAGAAGUGCUUCAGCGUCAACGUUGACUAUGAGCCCGAGGUGGUGGCCGUGCACCCCGGGGGGGAUACGGUGGCCGUGGGUGGCGCGGACGGGAAUGUCCGCCUCUACUCCAUCGUGGGUUCAUCGCUGAAGCCAGAGGAUAAGCUCCUGGAGGCCAAGGGCCCUGUGACAGAUCUGGCCUACUCCCAAGACGGGGCCUUCCUCGCCGUGUGUGAUGCCAGCAAAGUGGUCACGGUCUUCAACGUGGCCGACGGCUACUCGGAGAACAACAUAUUCUACGGGCACCACGCCAAGAUUGUCUGCCUGGCCUGGUCCCCGGACAACGAGCACUUUGCUUCUGGUGGCAUGGACAUGAUGGUGUACGUCUGGACCCUGAGUGACCCCGAGACCAGAGUCAAGAUCCAAGAUGCCCACCGGCUGCACCACGUCAGCAGCCUGGCCUGGCUGGACGAGCACACGCUGGUCACCACCUCCCACGAUGCCUCCGUCAAAGAGUGGACAAUCACCUACUGAGGCCCCCCCAAGCGGCUGAAUCAGGGACUGAA